GUGAGAAUCGGCUUCGCAGAAGCCCACGAAGUAGUUGUUAAUGUUUAAGAAUUAGUUGUUUUAUUUAUGUUUAAUCAUGUCUCUUAGUCAAACAACUGUAGGUAAAUUGUAUGCUAGUGUUAUUGAUGAUGUAAUUGGAGGUGUCCGAGAAUUCUUUCAAGAUGAAGGAGUUGAUGAACAGGUUUUAAUGGAAUUAAAAAAUAUAUGGGAAACAAAAUUGCAAGCUAGCAAAGCCAUAGAUCCAAGGCCAGAUGAUGUUGUACCUCCUGCACUUAAACAACCUGUUACUCAGAGGCCUGUAGGACCACAGCUUAUCCAUGGUAACUCUGGUAUGCCAGUUGAAUUUCCUAAUAAAAAUGUUUCUAUUCAAAUUACAUUGCCUGCACAGCAAGGUGUUCCAGAUUCUCAACCAAGAGCCAUUACUAUACAAGUACCAGCAUCAGCUUUACAAGGUAAUCAACUUCAACAGGUAUUAACUGGGCCCGUUAUUACAGCAACAAUGGCCAUGCCUCCAAACCUUGCUCCAACACUUCUACAGCAACAUGUAACUGCGGCUCUACAAGGACAAGCUACUACAGGUAUCAUUCAUCAAAUACAGCAUCCAGUCCAAUCUUCCAAUUCUGUCACUGUGCCUAAUACUGCUAAUAGUACAAAUUUUCCUGCUCAGAAUAGUGGUAUGACACAACUUGAUGGACAUAAUGAUACUUCUGAUGAAGAAGAAGAAGAGGAGGAAGAGGAAGAAGACGAAGCUGAGGAUGACGAUGAUGAUGUUGAUGAAGAUAAAGACGAAGAAGAUAAUGAAGAGAAUGAAGGGGGUGCAGAAGAGGAACCAUUGAAUUCAGGUGAUGAUGUUAGUGAAGAAGAUCCAUCUGAAAUGUUUGAGACUGACAAUGUUGUAGUCUGUCAGUAUGAUAAGAUUACCAGGACUAGGAAUAAAUGGAAAUUUUAUUUGAAAGAUGGGAUUAUGAACCUUGGGGGCAAAGACUAUGUUUUCCAAAAGUCCAAUGGUGAUGCAGAGUGGUGAAGGAGCUGGAAAACAUUGUUGAUAGUUUCUGGUUACACUGCACUGGUGAUGGGGAUCAAGUUCCUAGCUGAGCCGAAUUUUUUUUUUUUUUAUUUUAAAUGAAAAUCAAAGCUGAAUAUUUCAAACCAGUAUUAGCAUUUGAAAUCACAAAUUACAAACUAAUAUUGUUUUUCUUUCUGUUUUGUUUAGUUAUGAACUUAGAUCAUGUUGAUGUAAAAACUUUUUAGUUAGUGUUGUUUUAGCACAACUGAUAUUUGAUAAAUACUUAUUAUAUAAUUAUGUUUCGGAACUGUAAUGAAUUCUUUAAUGUAUCUUGUAUUGUGAUUUAUUGUUACAAGAUCAUUGUUUGAUUUGCAAAGAUUUAUUUGUGCAUCCAUUGCAUAACAUAGUUUUAGCAAUACCAUUUUUCUGUUGUUGAAUUGUUUUAUUUAAUUUUCUUGUUUUGUUGUUAUCAACAUUCAUUAUAAAACAGUUGAUUUAUUGUAGUGGUUCUUGUUUUAUUGUAUUAUACUCAGGUAAUUACAAAAUGUAUUUCUGAGCUGGUCAUUAUUAUAAUAAAAUAUAUUUUUUUCUUUUGUAUUUAUGAUAAAUAUUUUUAAUUACCAGAUUUGGGGAUCAUUCAUGUUCUAUUAAACAUGAAUCUAAUUGAUUAUUAAUAGUGUAUAAUAGGGCGAUUGUUGUAAAUAAAAUUUGUAUUAUAUAUGUUUUUGUUUAAAUGCAUGCCUAUGCAUUCUAAGUGAAUAAAUACUUUUUUGUGAAUCAUUGUUCUAUUUUAGGAUUUUGGACUGGUUUUAUUCACUCCAUACCUACUUCAAUCUAAUUAUGUUAUACUUCUGUACAUUAAAAUAAUGUUUUACUUAAGAUGGAGAGAAAAUACAUAUUUCAAUCAAUUAUUUAUUAUUCAAGCAAUAUUUACAUUUGUUGACUGUUUCUUAUUUUUAGUAAUAAU